GGGCGCCGCCGCUGCUCUCGCCCCUAGCCCGGCAUUCCCUCAUCCUUCCGCCCGCUCCGGUCCUCUGGGGGCUUGGUGACUGCGUCUUCUUCGCCCAGACGGCGUUGGGGAGCGGGGGAUCUUCGCUCCGGGUCUCCGCGAUGUGCACGUCUGAGAUGGGGACGCUGUGGCACCAUUGGUCCCCCGUUCUCAUCAGCCUGGCCGCCCUCUUCUCCAAAGUGGUGGAAAGCCGAGGCAUCCUGGAAAGCAUCCAGAGGUUUUCCUUGCUGCCCACCUACCUCCCGGUGACCUACCACAUCCACCACGCCGACGUGUCCUUCUUCCUGAAGGAAGCCAACCAGGACAUCAUGAGAAACUCCAGCCUGCAAUCGCGCGUGGAGUCCUUCCUGAUUUACAAAUCCAAAAGGCUCCCGGUCCUGAAUGCCAGCUAUGGGCCUUUCGCCAUUGAGCAAGUGGUACCCCAGGACUUGAUGCUGCCUUCCAGCCCUUUUGGAUUCACCAGCAAAUUUUCUCUGAACUGGAAGCUGAAAGCGCACAUCCUGAGGGACAAGGUGUACCUGAGCCGGCCGCGGGUGCAGGUGCUGUUCCACGUGGUGGGCAGGGACUGGGAUGACCCCGGCCCCGCGCAGGCGCAGAGGCUGCCCUGCCUGCGGGUGUUUGCUUUCCGGGAGACCCGGGAGGUGCGGGGCAGCUGCCGGCUGCAGGGGGCCCUGGGGCUGUGCGUGGCGCAGCUGGAGCUCCUGGCCAGCUGGUUCAGCCCCCCGACGGUGGUGGCCGGGAGGAAGAAGUCGCUGGAGCCCUCCGAGGGCAGCCCCGUGGAACUCUACUACACUGUACAGCCGGGGGACUGGGACGAGCGUGGAGACUGUGUCAAGGACGAAGCCAGGAAAGCUGGAGGGAUGCGUCCGGAUGUCGAUGAAUCGGGGCCUCCCUUGCAGAGGAUCGGGAGUGUGUUUCUUUACCAGACCCACAGCCGGCCAGCCCUGAGAGAACUACGUUUGGAUAACAACGUGGCCGUCCAGUAUGUGCCAAAGACGGUCAGGCAAGGAGAUGUGCUGACUUUUCCCAUUUCCAUCUCCAGAAACUCCACCGAGGACCGCUUCACCCUGAGGGCAAAGGUGAUGAAAGGCAUGAACAUCAUUGGGGUGAGAGCCAGCAGCCCUUCCGUGUGGGAGGUCAAGGAGAGCACGGAUUACACAGGGAAGUACACGCCAGCUGUCAUCAUGUGUCAGAAGAAAUCUGCUGGCUCAGAAAACCGGGUGGAUGGCUCCUCCUAUGAAGUCAUGCAGAUCGAUGUAGAAAUUGAAGAGCCCAGUGACCCACCAGCCACACAGCUUGUCACCUGGCAGGUUGAAUAUCCAGGAGGAAUCACAUCUGACUUGGGCGUAUCCAAGAUCUACGUGAGCCAAAAGGACCUGAUUGGUAUCGUCCCACUGGCCAUGGAGGCAGAAAUCCUGAACACGGCCAUCCUCACGGGGAAGACGGUAGCCGUGCCGGUGAAGGUGGUCGCCGUGGAGGAGGACGGCACCGUGGCAGACCUGCUCCAGUCUGUGCAGUGCCGAUCGUCUGAUGAUGAUGUCAUUAAGGUUUCUGACAGAUGUGACUAUGUCUUCGUCAAUGGGAAAGAAAUGAAAGGCAAGGUGAACGCGAUGGUUCACUUCACCUACCAGCACCUAAGCAGUCCUCUGGAGAUGACGGUGUGGGUUCCUCGGCUGCCCCUGCAGAUCGAGGUCUCGGACACGGAGCUCAACCAGAUCAAGGGCUGGAGGGUCCCCAUCAUCUCCAACAAGAGGCCAGCUCGGGACAGUGAGGAAGAGGACGAAGACGAAGAGAGAAAGGGCCGGGGCUGCACUCUUCAGUACCAGCAUGCCAUGGUGCGAGUCUUGACUCAGUUUGUGGCCGAGGCGGCUGAGCCUGGGGCACACCUGGCCCACCUGCUGGGCUCGGACUGGCAGGUGGACAUCACGGAGCUGGUAAAUGACUUCAUGCAGGUGGAGGAGCCCCGGAUCGCCAAGCUGCAGGGGGGGCAAGUCCUGAUUGGCCAGGAGCUUGGGAUGACCACCCUUCAGAUCCUGUCACCUCUGUCAGAUGCCAUCUUGGCUGAGAAGACCAUCACUGUGCUGGACGAGAAGGUGACAAUCACAGACCUCGGGGUCCAACUGGUGACAGGGCUGUCCCUCUCCCUUCAGCUCAGCCCAGGGAGCAACAGAGCCAUCUUCGCCACUGCAGUGGCUCAGGAACUUCUGCAAAGGCCCAAACAGGAGGCAGCCAUCAGUUGCUGGGUCCAGUUCAGUGAUGGUUCUGUCACCCCCUUGGAUAUUUACGAUGCAAAAGACUUCUCGCUGAUGGCCACAUCCCUGGAUGAGAAGGUGGUCUCCAUCCACCAAGACCCCAAGUUCAAGUGGCCUAUCAUCACUGCCGAAGCCGAAGGACAGGGAGCUCUGGUCAAGGUCGAAAUGGUUAUUUGUGAAUCAUGCCAGAAAUCCAAGCGGAAGAGCGUGCUGGCUGUGGGCACCGCCAACAUCCACGUUAAAUUUGGCCAAAACAACGCCAACCCCAACGCUAGUGACAGCAGACGCUUGGGGGCAGGAGUUCACUCGGAUAAUAACAUCAGCGACAGAAGACCCCCCAAACCCUUGCAAGAGUGGGGGAGUCCCGAGGGCCAGUACUUUGGCAGUUCGUCCAUGGGCCUCAUGGAAGGAAGGGCCUCCACAACAGAGAAGUCCACCUUCCAGAAGAACCAGGGCCAGGAGAGCCUUUUGGAUGAUGACAGCCAUUUGCAAACCAUGCCCUUUGACCUCACCAGCUUCCCAGCCCAGGUGGACCUGACCAGAAGCAACGGGGAAACGGAAGACCCCACGCAGGCAUCCAAGGGGCUGAGCGACUUGGAAAUCGGGAUGUACGCCCUGUUGGGUGUCUUCUGCCUGGCCAUUCUGGUCUUCCUAAUAAACUGCGCGACCUUUGCCUUUAAGUACAGGCACAAACAGGUGCCCUUCGAAGAACAGGAAGGUAUGAGUCACUCGCACGACUGGGUUGGACUGAGCCACCGGACCGAACUCUUGGAGAAUCACAUCAACUUCGCCUCCUCCCAAGAGGAGCAGAUCACCGCCAUCGACAGGGGCAUGGAUUUUGAAGAAAGUAAGUACCUUCUCAGCACGGGUUCCCAAAAGAGCAUCAAUGGACAACUGUUCAAAAUGUCAGGCUCCACCCUCACGGAUGGGAAGGAUCAGAAGAGCGAGCCCCCCACGUCCCCUACCUCCAAAAGGAAAAGAGUGAAGUUCACCACUUUCACCACCAUCUCCUCGGAGGACGGGUGCUCCACCGUGAACUCUAUAGCCACGAGUCGGGAGGAUACCAUGAACUGGGUCCACCAGGAUCUGGACCCUGGGGAGUGUCGAGAGUCAUGCAGCUACGUGGAAGGUUUACACGAGGCUGUGUAAGCCGGGGGCGUUCACGCACCUUGGUUCUCACUCACCUUUCGGCCUUUAAUUUGGGGACAUGUGGCAUUCCCCAGUGGGGGAAAGAA